CUCCUUCAUUAUAGUAGAUCUUUGCCUUAUUUAUUACGUGUGUUUUGUCUGCUGUCAAUUCGUGUGUUUAUAUUUUUGUGAUGCAAAGUCUGAAAUUCCGUAUAGAGUCAUUUUAGAUAGCCUAACCGUUGAUUGAGGCGGUUUUCAUGAUUGGGUGGUGGAGCGGUGAUUACAGUACUAUGCUAUCGCUUUGGACGUGAUUGAAUAGCAGUGCUUCUAAGUUUUACGCAAACACAUGGUUCAUUAAUUGGCCACCAACAAGAAUAACAGAAGACCGUCGGCAUGCCUGUUACUUGUUCUUCUGGAUGCGGCAAAAGAGCAAUUUUAAAGAGGCCAAAAACAGGUGAUGCCCUCUGCAAAGAUUGUUUCUUUUGGGCGUUUGAGACAGAAGUUCACAACACUAUUAUCAAUGGCCACCUCUUCAAACCUGGGCAGUUAGUAGCGGUGGCAGCCUCAGGUGGCAAAGACUCUACAGUACUUGCAUAUAUUCUCAAGAUCCUUAAUGAACGACAUAACUAUGGGCUGAAUUUGGUCUUGCUAUCAGUAGAUGAAGGAAUCACAGGUUAUCGUGAUGAUAGUUUGGAAACAGUGAAGAAGAACAGAGAUGAAUAUGAGAUGCCUCUGAAAAUUUUGUCAUAUGAAGAAUUGUAUGGUUGGAGCAUGGAUGCCAUAGUGAAACAGAUAGGAAAGAAAAAUAAUUGCACGUUCUGUGGUGUCUUCAGGCGCCAGGCACUAGACAGAGGAGCAGCAAUGCUUGGCGUCGACUGUGUUGCUACGGGGCAUAAUGCAGAUGACAUUGCAGAAACAGUACUUAUGAAUAUUCUACGAGGAGACAUUGCACGGCUCCAGAGAUGCACUGCAAUCAUUACGGCAAACGAAGACGCAAUUCCUCGCUGCAAACCUUUGAAAUACGCAUAUGAAAAAGAAAUUGUGAUGUAUGCGUAUUUCAAACGAUUACAUUAUUUCUCCACUGAAUGUGUGUAUUCACCAAAUGCAUAUCGUGGCUAUGCCAGAACUUUCUUGAAAGAUCUGGAGAAGGUUAGACCAUCUGUAAUAAUGGAUAUAAUACACUCAGGUGAAAGUCUCUCUGUCCGUGAAGGCAUACGAAUGCCUGAGGUUGGCAAGUGUUCUCGCUGUGGAUAUGUUUCAAGUCAGGAACUGUGCAAAGCCUGUGUCUUGCUGGAUGGACUCAAUCGUGGGCUGCCACGAUUGGGUAUCGGAAAAAGUAGUAAAGUUAAAGAAGCUCUUGAGCGAGAAAAGAACAAGGUAGCAGCAGAUGAUUUUUGAUCAGUACUGACAUGGAGAUAUUUCAGAGAAUUUCAGCAGAACCAUCAUAAUCCCAAAUAGCUAAAGUAUAGUCUUUGCUGGAAAAUAUAUGUAUGAAGACAAGUCUCAACUUCUGCUGUGAGAUGCUGCUGUUCUGGUGCCUCUGUCCAUUAUGUCAUGUAAUAUAAUGCAGAAAAAUGUUUUUCUGUGAAAAAGCAACAAAAUAAAAAUUGUUCGCAUUUCAAGUCAGUGCUGAUUUUAUUUCCAACAGAUAGAAACCAAAAAUCAUGUGGUAUGCAAGAAGGCUAGCCGUAAACAAAAGGAGGGAAGAAAAUUUCAGUGGCAUGCGUCACUAUUAAAUUCAUGAACAUUAAUUCUAACUAAUUUAUAAGGAGCUUGUGUUCAUUUUUGUAAUUAGAAUGUGUAAACUGAGGAGUUAUGUACAGAAAUAUUUAUAAAUUUUAAACAUUUUGUUGAUCAUUUCAGUAUAUUGUACCUGACAAGGAGGAAAUAAUAAAGCAGCAGAAUUUCAUUUUAUUCA